CGUCCUCCUCCUCUUCGUCCUGCUUGGUGUCUGUUGGACUCUCCACGCGGGGUACUGUGGCCCUCAGCUCACCACCAUGGCAACUGUAGGAAGAAGCCGAUCUUCUGCUCAAAACUGUGAUUCCGAGACUCAGACGGAACGAUUUGUCUCAAUGCUUCCCCUCCUCUCUUGGCAAACAUACGACCGGGCCACUCAUCAUGGCACUUCGACGCGGCGUCCUCUCUCUGGCGAUUCUGAAAUCCCUUGUCAAGAGGCCCCCGUACUCAAGAUUGUUGUAGGGGCGAUCGUGCUCCACUAUACAUGUUGACAGGCCACAUACGAGCCUGUAUAGGUCUGCAGGAUGCCAGGUGAAUCCAGGGCGGCUUGCAUGACCCACUUCUUCACAAUCUACCCUGAACCGGCAAGCCUUUGCCGGUCAGGCUUUUCGCCAAAAUUCAGUGCCGGCUGGUCAUCUAUUGACCGACUGCGAGGGCAGUCAGGACGCGUUGGAACUGAAGUUGCGCAGCGAUCCUAAGAGAUUCCCUGGGGUCUCAGGGCACGCAUCAUUGCAGCGGUGAACCGGCUCCACUCUCUAAAUCUUCCAUGGCACCUGCGCACAUUCUUACCUUUUCUAUGGUAUUGGACCUUUGCAAUGGUCUCCGUGCUGUUACGGGGCUUGACUUGCGAAAGACGUUACGAAACUUCUCGCUGCGGGCUAUGGCAGGCUCGGGCCACUGUCGAUCUUCCUCCUCGUCGCGGGGGUUUAACGGCGCAGUCGAGGAGUAUCCAAGGGUAUCUACCACUCACUCCAGCUCAUACGUUGCCGAUCGUCACGAUGUUUUGCUCUCGCGGGUUCCUCAACUCUGCAAUGUGCCUAUGAGCGACUACACCGCCGCAACCCCUCCAACAUUGAAGGCCAUCGUGAAGAGCAACUGCAACUUGCUUCCGAGCUUUCACAAAUUCACCAACUCAGGUUUCCCUCCAUGCUCGCUGUAUUUGGUGGCAACGUUACUGUAUUUCCCUUGUUCUUCCAGCUCCCCACAAGGAAUCGAAGGAAAUCUGAGGACGACCUUGUUCGCUUCGCUCAAUCGGCAUACGCAUACCAAUUCAUGCCAACCAACCAUGAAAGCCGCGAUCACUUCUAUCUAUGUGCCAGCAACUCACUGGUAUUGCUGCACUUAUGCUGUGCCAAGUAAGUCUUCGAGUCCGCAACAUCUUGCAGCUGUACAAGAAGGGCACCACAUGCGAGCAUGCGGAUUGCGGGAGAUACACCCCCACUGUCUUGAAUUGAGAAGGUCAUACACUCGUCAGACUACUUCCCAACUCGUCGUUUCUCGACUAGCACUGGGCAGACUAUUGAGACAACUCAGGACCUCCUCUGUGGGUCCAAAAGCGGACGCAUUCAAUACACUCUGGCUGACGUGCUUUCAGAGCGAAUUUGACCUGACCGUGGUCUGUCUUCUACGUCUUUUGGCUGCACAGGAGUGGAGCUCACUUUUGGCCAAUCUCGUCCGCUUUUGAAGGGCCUGAUCGACAGCGGCAGAAAUGCAGCUAAAGAGGAGCAUUGCGCUGUGACAAGGGGUGCCUCCAGAAAUCAUCCAGCGAAGAAUCAGCACAUUCUCCUUGAGGCAAAAAAGAAAAACAAACGUUAGCCACCGGCGCAGAUCAUAUAGCACGGGGCUUAUCGUGCAUCACGUCUCCAGCAAACGAAUCUGAGCUAAUCGACAUAGCGCUGCCGAGAGUGAGACUGCAUGUAAAAUAAAGGCCCUAAGGUUUGCACAACUAUACGCACAGUUUAGGGCAUGCUGCAGGACAGCUGGUACCCGCGAAUAUUAGUGGAUGCCUCGUACCUUGACCGCAACUAGCUCCGGCCACAAGCAAUGGUCGCCAGGCAUGCUCCCGCCGUCAAGUCGGAAUCGUCCAUGUGAGCCAGCAAAGCACUACAACGCCAGGCUCUGGUCGGUUUACCGAUUCUCAUACGCAGCUGUCUAGCGAGACCUGUCAGAAGCUCGCUUUCUGCUAGAGUUGUUGUACAACAUGGCCGGGUGCAGGGGCAUCGGAUCGACCAAAAAGUUGUCGGAUCUUUGCAAAAUACCUUUGGAAACUUGUCAAGCCGGAGCCCGACUCGCACCUCAGAAGCGCGGGUGACACCUCCAUCUCAGAAAGUCGCCGGUGGCCGCCCGAAACAAUGGCACCUGUCGUCAUUGGCUCGACUAAGCAUUAGCAGCAUCCAGUGUCACACCUAAAUGUACCUACGUUGUCGAGCAACCUGCAGAGAUGUCGAGUGGAGAGACAUCGCACCAAGGACGAGGGACCGUUGGCCCCUCGGCCGCUUUCUGGCGACAGGGGAAUUGACCAUUCAGGGCUGCCCGUAACAGCCAAUCAGUCCGGUAGGUCUUAGCUCGCAUCUACCUCACUCUCGACGUUCGACAUUUCACCGGUUUUCCAAACCUUGGCAACCAGUGAACAGCUACAUCACAACUUCCUCCGGCGAUGAGCCAGCAUUUGACGCAGACUAAGUAUGCCAGUACUUGUAAGCCUCCACACUGGAAAGACGAGCCCAUGGUAAGACAGAUCCGGCACUGAUCACUCAGAAAAUGCCGUGCCGUAGCGCCAAUGCGAGGACAAGGAAUUUUCCAAAUCGACAUCAGGCUGAGGUGGACAUUGUUGUCAUCCCACGGCGGGACUCAUUCUAUUAGUCAUUCAAAUAUAUCCAGGACAGGCGGCGGCCGAGGGCACCGACGAUUAUGUCGACUCAAGCUGCGAGACAUCGUUGAGGCGAGCUCUCGGUCGGGAAAGAAAAAAGCCUCCCACUCAACCUCCGAAAGCAAAACGGGACACAGCCCUGGGAAGUACAACUGACUUGGACCAGGAUCGACAUUUUUGGCAAGAGGCUUAAGCGAGUACCGCUAUUACUAGGCCACCUACCAUUCCUGAAAACGGGGAUUUGCCAACCAACCCCCAGCUUUUAGCAAUGAGUCAUCACGAAGAGACAAACAUACUUCGCUCUUCACGCAUGAGCACAGCCCUUCAGUGCCUCGACGAAAUCCGCCGUCCCGGUAUAUGGAUGGGUACGAUCGACCCAAUGAAUGGCCUUUUUGUUGGCUAGGAUGCGACAACCAAAAAUCCGUACGUACGGUGCCCAUCGGCUGGUUACAACCGUCAGUUAUGCCUUUAUCCGGCUUGGUCACGGCACAGGGCCCACACUUCUCAGAGUUGAGCUGUCCUUAUGAAGGCAAUCUGAAGUUCGAGGACCUGGCGGCCUUCAAGGUACGCUUGUUUAAGACUUGGUCUGCUUCUUUUGCGGCCCGACAGGCGAACUGUGCUGGACGCCUGGUUAUGAGCAUUCUUUGAGAUCCCGUGCAAGUGGGGUCAAGGUGGGUCUUCUGCGUGGGAAAUGUACAUCAGUGUUUGGGGUUGUGAUUUACCCUACGGAAACCCGAGUCCCAGGUAUGCAGAUGAGUAGACCGGUCAGACAAUUCACAGGUGGGUCUUCAGUGGUUUAUUUACAGUAUCUCUGCGCUGGUUUUUCUACCCCCCGGAUGGUCCAACUUCGUGCCGCCAUGCCGCUGUGUUAGCGUGAGUUGUCACCAGAAGAAAACGGGCCUUGGGCAGAUAACCUGUGUUGGAAUGGCGGCAAGGUGGGAGGACAAAGGACAAUGUACACGAUACGAGAGGAAAGAAGCUCCCGAGGACUAGUACACCGGAGUCGAGGUGUGUGCGUCACUGAAGCAAAGGGGGGAUGAGCGACCGUAUCCGGCGGUGUCCCAGGGUUUCAUUCUAUGUGCCUUGAAUACUUUGUGGUGUGAACCAACCAACCAUACGAGUUUGCUCUCACCACGAUAUCAAGCCUGAACAUGAGCGUACGGGAUGAACAUAAGACUGGGAUUUUAUUCUUUUUGUUCGUCUACGCAGAGAAGCCUCCAAGUCGUGAUACAUUGGUUCGACCCGGCCCGGUCUAUUCUUGUAGUUGGGGCCCAAACCCUCCAUAUGCCUUCAAUACCUGAUACAUUGGACCAAAGCGAGCAAUAUCAUGAUAUAUCGACAGACAUAGAUAUAGACACAGGUAGAUACUGCAUAUAUAAGCUGCAGGAAGCCGACCAGGCGUCCGAGUAGUCAGCAACUGAUGAUGAUGGCUGAAAACAUGUCACUGGGGUGUUUUGACAACGA